UCUGAGAGAGCCCGUCCCCCCUUCCCAGUCGGCCAAACCCCCGCCCCUCACUCCGCUCUCCCUGCUUUCUCACACUGCACACUCGGGAACAGAGACACGGAAUGGAUACGGAAGGGAGCCAGAGCAGCCUGUCCUCCGCGGACUCCCCUCACGAUCCCUGCAAAAUGUUCAUCGGCGGUUUGAGCUGGCAGACGACGCAAGAAGGUCUAAAGGAGUACUUCAGUAAAUUCGGCGAGGUGAAGGAGUGUAUGGUGAUGCGGGAUCCGGUUACAAAGCGGUCGAGGGGCUUCGGAUUUGUCACCUACGUAGACCAGGCUGGCGUGGAUAAAGUUUUGGCUCAACCCAGACAUGAAUUGGAUUCUAAAACUAUUGACCCAAAAGUGGCAUUCCCUCGCAGAGCUCAGCCGAAGCUGGUGACUCGCACCAAGAAGAUCUUUGUUGGGGGCUUGUCAGUCAACACGACCAUUGAAGAUGUGAAGCAGUAUUUCGACCAGUUUGGAAAGGUCGAUGAUGCCAUGCUCAUGUUUGAUAAGACAACUAACAGACACAGAGGGUUUGGUUUCGUCACCUUCGAGAAUGAGGACGUGGUGGAGAAAGUGUGUGAGAUCCACUUCCACGAGAUCAACAAUAAAAUGGUGGAGUGCAAGAAGGCCCAGCCAAAAGAAGUAAUGUCACCGACAGGUUCAGCAAGGGGGCGCUCCAGGGUGAUGCCGUACGGGAUGGAUGCCUUUAUGUUAGGGAUCGGCAUGCUAGGUUAUCCAGGAUUCCAGGCUGCCACGUAUGCCAGUCGAGGUUAUACUGGCAUCACCCCUGGAUACACCUACCAGUUCCCUGAAUUCCAUUUAGAGAGGACCCCCCUUCUGACAUCACCCCACCCCCCUGAGAUCACAGGUCGGUCCCUCCACUGGGGUUUACAAGCAGCAAACGCCAUUCCUCUGACGGCCUACGGACCAAUGGCGGCGGCGGCGGCGGCAGCAGCGGUUGUCAGAGGUUCCACCCCUUCUCGCACAGCUGGCUUCCUUGGUACUAGCAGCCCUGGGCCAAUGGCAGACCUGUAUGGAGCAGCGAAUCAGGACUCUGGAGUCAGCAGUUACAUCAGUGCUGCAAGUCCUGCCCCUAGCACUGGAUUCGGUCACAGUCUUGGGGGACCUCUGAUUGCCACAGCCUUCACUAAUGGCUACCACUGAGAAGGCCAUCAGAUCAGAAGAUGGGAGGGGUCAACUCUACUUUGAGCCAAUCAGAUCUCUUUUUCUGCUGAAUGUCGCUGUCUGGCAAGCCCGAUUGGCUGCUGCAGCUCUAACUUGACUCUGGCUCCUCUUGACUCCACCAACCCACUGAAGGUCUUUUAAUUUCCUGUUUCCUGUACUAACAUCACUUCUUGUCUUCCCUCAUUCCUGUUACUACCUUCAUGUAGGCCUUUAAAAAUAGUUUUUUAGGAAGUUUGUCUGGGGUUUCCUACAGUUGGAGAGCUUCUUUCAGGCAAACAAAAAAUGUAAAAAUCAAAAAAAGUUUGAUUGUAGAAAUCAUUUGGUGGAUUCUAGCUCCUUCUGUUUUGUUUUAUUUACUUGACUGUUCUUGAGGAAUUUUAAUUUAAUUUAAUUUUUUUUGUUUGUCGUCUUUGUUACUUUAGGUUAUACUUUUUUGUCGGAAAUUAAAACCAUUGUCAUGGUGUUACAGAGAGAGGGAGAAAGCAAGAAAAUAGUUUGAGAAAAGAUUAACAUGUUUCUCUAGUCAUAAAUGAGGUACAUGGACGGGAGCAAUGAUUGGUUUGUGUGCAUGGAUGUUUGUGUCUCAGUGUUAGGUUCUUAAUUCAUUUUAAGAAAAACAGAAUAAUUCUAAUUGAACACUUUUUUACAAAAAGACAUGCAAAAGGAAAGAUGUAUAUUUUGGUAGUUUUGAAACAAAAAAGAACAUUUGUAAUAUUAAUAAUAAUAGAAAUAAUCAUAAUCAAGAACCUAUUUUCCAUAAUUGGUUUUAAACAAUGAAACAAUGUUUUGUUUCUUCCUGUAAUAUAUUGUAAAUAUAUCUCAGUCUUUCGGGUUUUUUUUUUUGCUGUAAUGGGGAAGGGGCAAUUUUGGGGGUGGGGACAUUUAUAUUUCCUGGAAAAUGAUUGUAAAGUUGCAUAAAUCACCUUGAGUGUUGAAUACCUGAAGUGUUAAAUAUCAGUGUCACAGGGUGAAGGAAAAAAAGAUUGCAUCACUCCAGAUUUUAUCACCCAUCAGUUCUUCUUCACAACCAUCAGUCCAGAAAUGAACAAUGUACUCGUUCUCUGGAAUGACACAGAGCUCUGUAGGGAGCCUUUAAUUGCUUGUUUUGGUGUAAUCGGUACAAAUUGCAUGAAAUGAGGAUCUUCUGCUGGCAAAAUCUGAUGUGAAACUCUCUAUAGUGGGAGAUGUGAUUUAUUCCCAGCUGUUUUAAUUUUUUUCUCCUUGAUGAGGACAUAUGUGGUGAUAAGCUGCUUUAUACAGCAUUCUUGUAGGGGACAAGUGAUUUCCCCCCGCAGUUUUUGACUGCUUUUUAUACUAGUUUGCACAUUAGAAACAAAAUCAGUGAUUUUUACCACCCUUAAACACAGUCGCCACUGCUGUAUUGAAGGAAUGGGGUUAGUGAAAUCUGGAACUGGCGUUCUGCAGUUAUUGGUUCUGAUAGGGGGCAAAAACUGGAAACAUGCUACUGUAAAUGUCAAGUGGCUAUAAGACCUGGUCAGUCCUCUGUGUUGGUGCUUCAGUGCGUAAACCUAUAUCGCCAGAGUUCAGUUGGGAUAUUUCUGACCGCAAAUUGCCCCCCUCCCCCAAUUUUCUAGGGGAAAAACAGUGGAGAACACGAACUUGAGGUGUUUCAUGCAAUUGGGGCUGAAGGAUUAGGUGAGGAAUGUGGUUAUGUUCGAUGGGUGGGAUCUUACUGUUCCUAUUGCGUCUUGAAAAAAGCAAAAAAAAAAAAACGGCUUGUGGCAUCAUUAUGCUAGGUUUAAAAAAAAAAAAUUUUUUUUAAUAGUUGCUGUUUAAAUGCCGUUCCAUUGAACGAUCUGUGACUUUAAAAAUGAAGGACACAUUAUACAAAAGCAAGGGAUUCUGGAGGCUGUUUCAUCAUGGUUCUAUUCUGGCUGAAUUCUUCCUCUUCAGAUGUUAUUAGGCAAAGCGUGUGUGUACACGUGUGUGUGUGUGUGUGUGUGUGUGUGUGUGUGUGUGUGUGUGUGUGUGUGUGUGAAUAUGUGUCUUGGUGUUUGCAUAUAUGAGUGCUUCUGUAAGCUCGACUCUUGGUUAUAGUUGGCGAAUGGGUUGUAGAUCAUUUAUGUGAAUUUCUGAUUCCAUCUUGAUCUGUUGUUCAAGCUCUCUUUCUGUACAAUGGGGUUGGAUAGAGGCUAAGAAGCUACAUAGGAAUCUGGGGAAAAAAUGCAUUUAUAGCCUGUGUUUAGCCCAACAUUGCUGUACGUGUUUUAUAUGGAUUACGCCGGUGCAGAAACAACAUUUCAUCCUCUGUGGGCAUCGUCCCUUAUCAUAACCAACAUCUGCAUUUAUUAAUGCCUUAAAAUACCCUGGGGAUAAACUGUCCCACAGCACCCUGCUACGACUGGUCUUCCAUUACUUUAGAUAACAUCUAUUACCCCACAGCCUCUUCUUGUCUCAUGCUCACUGCACUGUCCCAAGACUCAACCAAACUACUGCGCGACACAAACACUGUAGCUAUUUAACAGACAAAAAGCAAUAUUUUAUCAGUUUUUCUGAUUAUGAUAAUGAUGAUAAUGGUGAUGAGAUUCGAAGGUGAUUAUGUGGCAUUCAAAAUACGUUUUAAUUUUUAAGACUAUUAUAUUAACACAAAGCUGAAAUUAUUCCUGACUGAUGAGUAGUUUUUGAAUCAUUUUCAAAACAUGCUUUUUUGGAUUUCGGGUGGGGUGGGGGGUGGGGUGGGGUGGGGGGGGGGGUGUAAGGAGUGCGUUUGUGACAGUAGCCAUGGAGAGUGGAGAGGGGCCUGGCUCUUUGAUGAGAGGUGAUGUCUUAGUCUACACUGUAAACCUGAGUUUCUUUUUUUGUCUUCCUCUUUUGUUGUUUUUUUUUCCUCUUCUGGAAACUUCAUUUUAAAAUUCCUAAUAAAUUAUUUUAAAACAUUCCA